AAUAUACAAUAAAUAAUGUCAAAAAUGACUUCGAAGGAUAAGGAUAACAAAAAUUUUCAUGACAAGCUCAAGCAGUUUUUCGGUCUAAACAAAGGAAAUUUCAAAAGUCGAGCGGAUUUCACACUUACUGCAGAGAUUGAAAAGGAAAUUGGCCCAGAUUCUCCCUUACAGCAUCGGGCCAAAGGAAUCAAAGACCUUUGUGACUCGGUCCUGAAUCAUCAAUGGGAAGAGACAGCAGCAGAGCGCUUAUGGCUCUUGGUCCAAGAUUUGCUGGUGAAGGACAAGGAUGUACCUCGAGAAUGUAGACAUUUGACACUCCAGUUUCUCCGGUGUCUUGUGCAAGGGCAAUACACCAAAUUGUCUUCCAUAAUGCGAGUGAAAUUUUUCAUGGUGGUUAAAAACCAUGAAAUACCAGAGGAUAUUGGACCAAGAUUGGAGCUGCUCCAAAGUUUAACAGAGAAUGGAAAAGAUAUAUUACAUUUAGAAGAAAGGAUAGGACCACUUUUACUUGACUGGAUGCCGACUGUGACUGGAAUUGAUGGCAAAAGAGGCGCUGAAUUUCUGUCAUUGCUUGUCAAUGUUAUUAAAUUCAAUUCUGCUUGCAUAGAUGCUGAUAUUAUAUCGAAUCUAGUGCAAUACAUUUGCCAUUUGUGCUAUUGUAGUAAUAGUGCCGAAGUAGUUUCUGGAUGCUUAGAAGCCCUUGACGCUGUUGUUUGCUACGGUAAUUUACAGCCAGAUUCACUGCCGACAUUCAUUACUGCUCUCUGCCGCAGUGUCAAUGUAGAAACUUAUUGUCAGAUAAGCUGGAAGAUAAUGCGAAACUUAUUAGGUACGCACAAGGGGCAUUCAGCUCUCUAUACAAUGUGUAGAUUACUGCAGGAUCCAAAUGUUCAGAGAGAUGUCGGUUUACUACGCGGAGCUGUCUUUUACAUUAAUAUGGGUCUUUGGGGGACUCACAGAGUUCCGAAGCUGAAAUGCACACCCACGUCUGUUUUGCCUUCAUUCCUCCAGGCGUUGCAAUGCAAUCAUCCAAUAGUCAUGUAUGAAGUUACUCUCAGCAUCCAAAGAUUGGUCAAUAAAUAUGGAGAAGAGCUGCAUGAUCCUACCUGGAGUAUCAUAUUAGACAUAAUAGAGGAAGUAAUCAUACAUAUAGAAACUAGCAGUCAACCAGCUUCCGAACAAGUAUCAGUAAGUCUGCACGAAACAAUCAAUAGUAUUGAAAAUCUCCUGGAUAGUGGACACUACAAUGGUUGUGUGCAGCGCUUCUAUGAGCUAAUUGAACGCUGCUCAAACUUCCGUCCAGAAAUAUCUGUACUCAGAUUGAUUGGCUAUUUGUCCAACUAUAUAGACCCAACUCGUCAUUUGUGGUUAUCGAAGCUGAGUACUUUAAUGGAACGCUAUUUUAAAAAUGAAACCAGAACCAAUAUCAGAGUAAAAACUCUAGACGUAUUGACAAAAGUUAUAAAAAUCAACAGAUCCAAGUACGAAGAUGAGCUAAUCGAAAGAAUUGUUGUCCCACAUCUACUACACCUUGAUAUGGAUCCUGAUAUUACUAUACGUAAUGUUGCUACUCAUUUACUGGUUGAUCUCUGUAUCGAGUGUGAAACAAAGCGAUGCCUAGAGCUCUUAGAUAUAUUGGAAAAAAUAGUGAACAAGCCCUUUACAUUAGAAACUCCAAUAGCAGUUGAUACUGAUGUAAAAGACGUAAAAACCGCUGUGGUUGGGGUGAUAAAUGUACUGAGCGUAAAGAUGUAUCAUUUACCAUCAAGCCAUGUAAUACGAGCCUACAAAUUAUUGGUCAAUCACCUUGAACAGCACUACAAGGAACCGAUGAUUUUCCAUAACGUAUCAACCAUCAGGUAUUUAAUAUUUGAGGCCUUUUUAAAAAUCAGAGCCAAUACCUGUUAUCAUCUGGGUUAUCCUGAUGCUAUUACUGGUGUUGUAACACGGUUUAGUCCUUACUUGGUAUUGGAACAUGCGCCGGUCGAUAGACUUGGAAAUAACGUAAACAGUGGAGGGGGGAACAGUCCACCACCGGCUAGUCCCGCACCAUCACAGCACAUUUUGUGCCAGGUUACCCAUAUGUCGCUCGCCCAUGCCUGCAAAUGUGUGGUAACAUGUCUAAAGCAGGAAAAAGAUUGGCGAGUUCUUCAUUUGUUGCUUAGAGAAAUGCCUCAAGUUAUGCAAAAUAAAGCACUCAUCCUCUCAAGACAUAGCAAUGAUAUUGAUUGUCUCGCUGCAGCUCUGUGCUCGAUGGUAACGGUGAGUGACAAAUCUGUACGACUACCAGAGACUCUAUACAAUACGCCUCCAAAGUUCACACUGUCCGAAUUCCGGGGAUUUGUAUUUCCGGUAUUGGCAUCUUUGGCAUCAUAUCACGCACACCUUGAGCCAAAUUUGCAACAGCGUUUGAUAAAGUGUUUGGAGCUUGGUCUCACCACAAGAUGUGCCAGUCAAUGUGUAACUAGCCUUACAACUUGUACAUUAGAAAUGCGUGAUGCAAUGAACAAGCUUCUGUCCGAGGUUCUACUGAACCUAUCAAAAAUCUCAGCAACAGUUUACAUUGCUAUUCCAAUACUCGAAUUUUUGUCAACUCUUACAAGACUGCCCAAAGUGUUUGCAAGCUUCAUCGGUGACCAGUAUAUGUCAGUAUUUGCGAUAUCAUUACCAUACACCAAUCCCUUCAAGUAUAAUCAUUACACGGUAUCUCUGGCACACCAUGUUAUAGCAGUAUGGUUCUUGAAAUGUCGCCUCCCCUUUCGAAGGGACUUUGUGAAAUUCAUUACCACAGGACUCAAAGCAAAUGUGUUAGUUCCUUUCGAAGAGGGUCACUUGAUGAAAUCAGAUUUAAAUUUGAUAAACGAAGAUUCAUCCAGCAGAAAACGAAGUUCUAGUUUGACUGAACAGGGCAGCAGGGGUCGCAGAGAACGGCCUAUAAUCGCUAAUCGUAUGAUCGGAGAAGGACGAGCUCUAGAUCUUAAACCACCUAUUGAUGAAGCCUUAAUGACGUUUCACGUUGAACUUACGGAAACUUGCAUAGACCUAAUGGCUCGAUAUACUUUUUCUACUUGUUCUGCCUUGCCAAAGAGACUUCCAACAGCAGAUUUUCUACUCAAAGAAGGUCAGUCUAUGACUUGGUUAUUGGGAAACCGCUUAAUCACCAUAACGACAAGUGGAUGUAGUAGUAAAGCGACGCGUGGUGGACUGUGCGAUAAUUGUUGGACUGCCUGUAAGUCCGAAUCUCUUUCCCCAGAACACACUCUAAGAUACACACAAUCUUCGUUGCAACGAGCAUCUAGUGGAGAAGGUUCGAAGGAGGAAAAUAAACUGAUGCGACAAUCAUCCAUUGGAUAUGGUGGUUCCAAUGCUAACACGACUUCAAAUUCUCCAAUUGAAGAAUCGAAGAAGUUACCUGAAGAACCAGAGGCUCCGAAAUUGGAAUUCCCCAGUGAAAAGUCUGAGCAAGAUGUGACUGAGCCUUCAAAGCUUGAACAGAUACUUUCUAGUGAGAAACAAGAGGAACAUAUUCCUUGUGCAUGUUGGUGCCAGGGCUGGGCUGAGAUUUAUGUUAGGAGACCAACCGGCGACAUGUCCUGGGUAAUGCGAAUACAGAAUUCAAUGCAAUUUGAAAUAUCUCCUUUGGACUUUCCUGUCAAUGAUAUCACAACACUUUAUAUGCCUACACCACAAUUGACAGAAAAUAAAAAUCUAGAACAAUCGACCUAUACCUACAGCCAUAAUCAAGAUCUUCAAGCUGAAGAUAUUCAGGAUAUGUUGGAAAAAAAUUUUCAGCACCUGAGUAUGGAGCCUGAAAUUGGAUUGCUGAAAUCAGUCACUUCGUCAUCCAUAUCGUCAGGACCGAUUGCUAUCCCAGGAUCUCCAGCUCGUCGCAGUCCGUCUCGUCAGAGUUCGCGCGACAGUCUUGAAGGCCUAGAAGAAGGCGAUGAAGAUUUGAGAAGAUCGCGAAAUCCUGUGCGGAGAUCUAAUUCUAGUCCUGAAAUGAGUGCAAAUUGGAAAAAUCCAUUCCUCAAUAAAGACAAGUUGAUUCUUCAAAAUGAUCGGGACCUCGUUGUGGUUGAUUCGGAAGGAAAAGUUGACUCUGAAAUUAAAAAACAUACAAAGACCACGUACGCAAAAGAUAUGAGAGUCAGCUGUGAAGCAAUACCAGAAGAAAUUUCGGGAACUGGAACCACCCCGCCCUCUUCGGAAAAUUCUGUACAUCAUCCUUCAGGACUUCGUUCGCAACACUCGUAUCCUGGAGCAACACAAACAACGCAAACACCAAACGUCACUACUAGUAACACUGUGCCACCUUCUCCCACCGCUACACAAGCUCCAGGAAACUUCUUGUCUCUUCAAAAUAGAGGUGUUAGUCUAAUGUCUGGUGUCCAUUCGCAAAUACAAGUAUCUACUGGAAAACCGCCGCAAUCUCCAACGCAACUUUACUCCCGUUUAAGUAACAUCCACGAUUCUGGAUUGAAACAGUCGCCACUAGCUAUUGACACAAAACCUCCAAUUGGCAGAAAUCAUCUUACAGACAAAAAAGAUGAUAAACCCGACCCAUCCAAUUUACCGCCAUUACAUUUCCGAGAUCGAGGUCAUACCAUCUCUGUGAUGAGUCCUGCUAAAAAAUCUCGUGGCGAAUGGGAUAAUAUUAGACGUGGAAAUUCACCACGUAACAAAGACCCUCCGAGAACUGGAAUAAAUCCUAGCUUUGUAUUCUUGCAAUUAUAUCACACUGCUCACUUUGGCACUACUACGGAAAAACCGUUGUUAGUUUCUCAAACAGCAGCUGUACAAAGAGCUGUUAAGGUUCUCGACGCAAUUCCUCCAUAUGAAACUCAUAAAAUUGGUGUAAUAUAUAUUGGAAUUGGCCAGGUAUCGAACGAAGUUGAAAUACUUGCAAAUCAACACGGGUCUUUGAGGUAUGCGGAAUUCUUACAGCGUUUAGGAACGCUGAUAAAGUUAAAAGAUGUCGAUUCACAAAGUAUUUUUCUUGGAGGCCUUGAUCGGAAUGGUGAAAAUGGAAAUUUCGCCUACAUAUGGCAGGAUGACGUUAUGCAGGUCAUAUUUCACGUCGCUACGUUGAUGCCAACCAAGGAAAGUGAUCCACAGUGUACUGGAAAAAAGUUACACAUCGGGAACAAUUAUGUCAAUAUUGUGUAUAACGAGAGUGGGGAAAAUUAUAACAUACAAACUGUAAAAGGACAAUUCAACUAUGCCUGUGUAGUCAUUCAGCCUCUUGAUCAUGGUACGAACAGAGUCACAGUGCAAGCACGUGAGGAACUUGCAAAACACAUAGGUCAUAGUGAGCCCAAAAUUAUUUCUGACCAGAAUCUCGCUAUUCUUGCUCGACAGCUAGCUCUUCAUGCCAAUCUUGCCUCAAUGGUUUCGUCGUCUUUGAAAACUAAAGGACAUAAUCCAUACGCCUCGAAUUGGCUCGAAAGACUGCGUCGUAUUAAGCAAUUAAGAAGCAAAGUCCUACAAGAGUCUGCAGCUAGUAACCCUGACGGACCAUCUGAUGAUUUGUCUCCCAGAUCAAACAAAAGGGUCCACAUGGAUGACUUCACGGAGUACACAACAUAAUAGUUACCGCUGUAAUUUAUAUUGGAUAUGAAUAUGUAUGUAACUGUUAUUGGAAUAUCAUGUUGAAUAAGAUAUUAUUUGGCUAGGUAA